GUGUGUGUGUGUGUGUGUGUGUGUGUGUGUGUGUGUGUGUGUGUGUGUGUGUGUGUGUGUGUGUGUGUGUGUGUCCUGCCCUGGUCAGGUAUUUCACCCCUCCUGCUCCAGAGAUGGUGGUGUGUGCCAGCUACCAGCCACUACACCUCCUGGAGAAGAAGACCUCUGUACUGGGACAGAUGGCGGAUUCGUCGGAGCGGCUGAGGCACUACGGUCUGUCUCGCCUCUACAGCCAUCCAGUCCUGGUGACCCGUACCCGCGCCUGCCCUCUGGUGGUGCCCCCUAAACCACCCGCCGUGCCCCGCUGGAAACUCAUCCGACCCCGCAAGGAGACCACAAUUACAGACGAGCCCCGGGAGCCUGCGGUGGUGAAAUCAGAGCAGUUCAUCGAGAUAUCCAGCCCCUUCCUCAACUACAGGCUGUUGACCAUGCCUGCUGACAUGGAGGCCCAUCAGAGCAGUCACAGGAAGCGUGCAUGCAGCUCCACGCUGGCGUCCUUCGCCGAGACAGAGGAGAGCGAGAGCCGAGGGCCCCCGGAGCCCAGUACUGCACAACACAGCAUCAACUCACUGUACGAAGUGGACACAGCUGAGGUUAUAGCAGAUGACAAGAAGAAGGAUGACAAUACAACCACUGAUCAGGACCUGUGUGAGACUGCCCCAGCCACGGAGCGGUCCAAACAGGCUAAGGAGUCCAGCCCGGCGCUGCUGAAGUCUCAGGAUUUGUUUGUUUCUGAGAAGCCGAUGUUACAGGAGUCCUGGGUAGACCUGGAUGACUUCUCCAAGUGCUUCCAGACACUUGUGGUUUUCCACAAGCCAAACACGUAUCCAAACCAUUUCCAGAAAUCCCAUUUCAAGAGCACCAUCUCCUCCAAAGUAUCAUCCGUGGCUCUGAACUGUCCUGUAGGCUCCACCCACUCUGCUGCCACACCUGUACGCCACCCAGGCUCCUCUGCUGCUGCACAUAUUCAGUCUCCAGAUGAGAAGGGCUCUCACUACCUGUUGGUGGACAGCUUGCAGCCUUCCCACAUCCUCAUCAGCUUCUCUGCUUUGGUACACUGGGGAGAGACAGCCGAUGAGAAGAAGGAGAGUCCUGUGGGCAGGUCUGGAGUUCUCAUAGCAGAGCCCUACUCCUGGAAGAGUCUGCUGUGUCAGCUCCCUGUCCUCCACAUCCAGACCACUUCCUGCAAGGCUGCCCUGCUGGUCCUCCCCCCUGGGCGUCAUGUCCUGUGCAUCCACACGAGGGCGCCUCUGGGCUACCACGUCCACCUGUACAGCAUGGCACCCUUCGUUUUCGGAGACGAGGAGACCAUCAUGCCUCACCUUGACAAGGAGAGUGCGCGUUUUUGUGAGCAGGCCCUGUCUAUUCUGAGGCCACUGGGCAGAGUGGUCAGCUCCUUCUCAGAUGAGCUGGAGCUCCCAGCAGCCACCAGGGCUCUUGGGGACGCCCACUGUCCCGCUCAGCUCAGCACUGUCGGAGGGCUCCGAGACCACCAGAGGGUGUUUAAUGAAGCAGUGUAUCACAUGAUCUGCGUUGCUCUGGACAGGAAGCUGUCAGCAGAGGAGCUGUUUGCUGUCCAGGCCCUCAAUGCCCCUCAGUCAUCCACCAAUGGGUAA